GCGGAGGCAUAACACUAAAACCCACAAAUCAAAACACGAUCCGCGUAAAGUUUUCUCUCUGUCGGGGCAAGAGUGAGAGUUGAACAUGGAGCUCAGAAGUUACAGAGGAUGACAAACUUUACUGACACAUGUUUUCAGAAAUGCGUUUUUCUUCAUCAUGUGCAAAUGAGGAUGGCCAAACCGCAGCCAAAACUUUUAAGUGCCGGACAAAUGGAGUUUUUAUUUAACGCCAGAAUUCCUGUCCAAGAUUAUUAGAAAAGACGCGCGCGCAUCGCUAUAUUCAUCAUCCACACGUGCGCGCCUAUGUGCUAUGACACUAACUGGACUUGAAAGAAAGUUUCAAAAGUAAAGUUAAACUUAUUUCCCGACUUGUCAAAGUGGCAUUCCGGUGUAUUUGUUAGAUUUAAAGCAAGGACAUCAUGCAGAAUCUGAAUUCGGUGAACAGUCGCACGGAGCUCCAGCAGCGGCUGGCGGAACACGGCGGCGCCGGAGACAGCGCACGGGAGAACGGCACGAACCACCUCCCGAGUCCCGCUGAAGGUGUCGACACUGUCCAGUGCUCCAGCAGAAAGAUGCUUGUCGGGCUGGACAUCCUCUGUCUGCUCGUGGCCUCUAUUCCGUUCUUCGCAUGUGAACUCAAAGCCGUGACUCCGUACAUGAGGGGCUUCUUCUGUGGAGACCCGAGCAUCAUGUAUCCUUACAUCAAGAGCGAGGCCAUUCCCGAUAGCAUGCUCAUCGCCGGAGGCAUCAUCAUCACAGGGCUCACGAUUGCGGUUGGGGAGUGCUACCGGGUGCGCUUCAGAGUCGUGCACUCCCGGGCGUUUGUGCGGAACCGCUACGUGUCCUGCCUGUACAAAGAGCUGGGCAGCUUCCUGUUUGGCUGCUGCGUGGGGCAAUCUUUGACCAACAUGGCAAAGCUGAGCGUGGGCCGACUCCGUCCACACUUCUUGUCGGUGUGCAAUGUCACCUACGCUUCGCUCAACUGCACACCCGGAACUUACAUAUCAGUGGUCAACUGCAGGAACACCCCCAAGAUGGUGGAGGAGGCCAGAAAGUCCUUCUUCUCGGGUCAUGCGUCUUUCGCCAUGUACACCAUGCUUUACCUGACGUUCUACCUGCAGGCACGGUUGUCAUGGCGAGGGGCGAGGCUCCUGCGACCGUUACUGCAGUUCAUGUUGGUGAUGUUAGCCGUGUACACAGGACUCAGCCGCAUUUCUGACUACCGCCAUCAUCCCACUGACGUCCUGACUGGAUUCCUGCAGGGAGGACUCACGGCUUACUGGGUGGCCUUUUACAUCUCGUCCAUGUUUAAGACGUCACGUGCAGACCUUUCUCCCAAGAGUCUGUCUCUGGAGAGCCCCCUGUCCAGCCAGCAGACGGUCUGCUAACAGAGCACACCCGCACGUAGAGACAUCUGAGAGACUCGAGAAAGAUUGUUACUGAAAGAGAGAAGAAAUGCGACGCGUUUAAGUGAAGAAGAUGAACGCAACUACAAACUUCGGACACGCUCUCCAUUUCCUGCCAGGCAAGAGAGAAGAACAGUUAUAUAAGUAUCUAACUCUUCAUCGAACCCGUCCGCGACGUAUCAACCCUCCAUAGACAAAAGUUAUUUUUAUAUAAAAAGUUUAUCCUUUAUAUUUUUCAGAUAUAUUAUAGUUGAAGCUGCUAAUAAUUGUUGUUUUAUGUCACCUGUAGCCCAGGUUUGUUCUGUAGUCAAUUUAACACAACGGCUCAUUCUUUCUCACCAUAUGUGACCCUAAUAGAGACUUUUGACAUUGACGUGUCAAGCUAUUUAGAUUGUGUCAAAUGUUUGAUGCCCUCCGGUCUGAUGAACUGAUUCGUGCCAUUGGACGAGACAAUGAACCAAUCAAAACAUGUGUUUCGACCACCACCAGUCUGUUGGCGAACGGACCUACCUUGACUCUCCUCUCUUGUGCGCUGUUGCACAAUCAUAGUGGUGCUGACUGUAGACACCCUCUGUUUAUAUAAAAGCACUAAUUUUGAUUUAAUGCUAAUGCAAUUAAGCUUGACAUUUGUGUAUUAACCACUUUCACCGCACAAAUGAGACUACAGAGUGACUGAAACCCCCCGUCUGCAUAAUGAGGGGCUCUGUACCUGUGUAUCCUUUACUACUCAUAGCACUUGAAUGACACUAUGACACUAUGGAACUUUCUAAUGACUAAAGAUAAUAUUUUAUAUUUGAUCUUGUUUAAUCAGUGUUUUAUUCUCUUCCUGCGGUCAGUGCCAUGUAUUUGUGUUAUUGCGUCUGUGUUUUUCCCCCAGAUUAUAAUUAUUCAGAAUGAAUGUACAUAAAUAAUUGUAUAAACUAUCCAGAUUUUGAAAAGUAUUAGCAUCUGUUUUGUAAGUUUUUUGUUGUUGUUGAUAUAUAUGUUUUAUUGUUCGUGUUGAUCAGGUACGAAGAGUUGUUCUAAUUGUUAAAGAGACUAGUGACUGAGCCAGAAUUGACAGAAAGCUAUAUUCUACUUAUCUACUUUCAUUUCAUGUGUUGGUUUCCCCUGUGAAUGCCUGCAAGGCUAAAAUAACCACUGUAUUAAUAAACCAAACCAAUAAAAUGAAUGUCUGAUCUUUGAA